CUGCUCCAAAACCAAUCACUGUUUGCGCGUGCGCGUGUUUCAAACUUUUGUCAAAUUCAAGCCGUGAUUGGAGGAUUGCAAACAGUUGUGUAUUGUCAACGACGUGGUCUUGACACCUGUCACUUCGAAUUUUAGGUUAUGUUGACGUAGCUCCGCGAUUUUUAAUUCUUUCUUUAUAAUAUAUUUCAAAGAAAAAUAAAGAAUUAUGCUUUCGACAAGUGAUAAGACUGGUAAUGCACCCUUAGUGCGACGAGUAAAUAAAUUAUUGGAAUCGCGACUCGAAAAUGAUAAGGAAACGCUCGAGGCCUUGAAAGAGCUUUCAACAUUUUUUACUGAAAAUACCCUGAAUGCCAGAAGGAAUCUUCGGAGUAAAAUAGAAAGGAGGAGUUUGACGAUAAAUGAAGAUUUUUUAUCGGCCUUUAGGGAUGUUAAAAAAACUCUCGAUGAUAUGUAUCAUAAUGUUUCGGCGAUGAAUAAUUCUGUUCAUAGUAUGGGUAAUCGUUUACAAUCGACGAAAACUCGUACUUUACAACUCAUCGAUCAAACCACCAAACUACAAAAUGAAAGUAAAAAACUGUCAAUGCAGCAGGAAGUUGCGAAUUCAUUUAUCAAGAGUUUCGAUCUCAGUUCAAUAGAAAUGGCAGUUUUACACGGUCCUUCUAGAGAGUCACCAAUAACUGAAGAAUUUUUCACCGUUGUAAAUCGGGUUCAGGAAAUACACAGCAGCUGUAGAAUUUUAAUGCAGUCCGGAUAUCAAACACUGGCAUUAGAUAUUAUGCAAAGAAUGACACUUUUGCAAGAAGCUGCUCUAGAAAGAUUAUACCGAUGGACCCAGAAUCAAUGUAGGCACAUAGAAAAUGAACAUCUAGCUCCUUUGUUGAUCAAAGCUAUGGGAAAAUUACAAGAAAGGCCUGUUCUUUUCAAGUACAUUCUGGAUGAAUAUUGCACAGCGAGAAGGUCCGUCCUCGUUGGAUCUUUCAUUGAUGCUUUGACCUUAGGACAAGGAGUCGUUGGAGCUCCCAAUCCAAUAGAAAUGCAUGCUCACGAUCCAAAACGUUACGUUGGUGAUAUCCUUGCUUGGUUACAUCAAGCAAUCCCAACUGAGAAAGAAAAUCUACUAACCCUGGUAAAAGAUUGCGACAAAACAGAUGUUUCGGGCCAAGUGAAACAAUCCCUGGGGAAUAUUACAGAAGGGCUCUGUCAUCAUUUGAAAUCGAGAAUCGAACACAUCGUGGCUGUGGAAGCACCAGCGACCGUUUUAUAUUCAGUAAUGACUCUCAUCAGAUUUUAUAGAGCGACUCUUAAGCAAGUUAUUCACGAGAGUGUUCUCGAUUCGACCUUAGGGGACUUGUUAGAAUUGAGCGAGAAGAGUUUCGUUAGCAGGCUUCAAAGGGAAACUCGUUUUGCUUUGGGAGAAAGAGCAGAACCUCCUGGCACUGAUUUAAUUCCUGCGCCUUCUGUCUCGAGACUUCUGACUCUUCUGAAUGAAGUUCUUUCGGUCGCGAGUAUUGCCGAAGAUAGAGAAAAGGACAUGCUUCAGAUUGUCUCCUGCAUCAUUGAUCCUCUUUUGCAAGAGGUAAACGAAACUGCCUCCAGAUUGCCAACAGUUGACAUGGCUGUUUAUCUUCUUAAUUGUAUGCAUCAAAUUCAAUCAACUUUGGCUUUGUACGAAUAUAUGGACCAAAGAUUGGAAAGAUUACAGGCUCAAUCAGAUGCCCAAAUCGAUACACUUACAUCCGAACAAGCCAGUUCCCUGGUUGCAAAUUUAAAUCUUGGACCAAUAUAUACGAUUCUCCAGGGCCACCAGCAAGGACCUUUGUCAUCCAUUCCUGGAAUGGAUCCUCUCAGUGUUAAAGAAUUUACGAAUAAAUUGGAGGCGUUUAUCGUGAUGCCAGAUGUUUUACUACUCCCACAAAUCAGUUUAUUGCAAAGCACAACGCAUCGAUCAAUCGCCCAGAAAAGAUCCUUCGAAGUUAUUAGUGCGAUUUACAAACAGCUUUAUGAGGCUUGUCAUGAGCCGAAAAAUCUUUAUCAGAAUCCUGAUAGUUUAUUUUCUAGAACGCCGGAAGAGUUACUGAAAACGCUCAUCGCUCAUUGAGAGGUAUCUUCCGCAACUUUGUAAAAUUUGUAAAAUAAAAUGAGCAAUAUAGU